ACGUUGUCUUUCUAGAGAAAUUUUUGACCCAUGAAUUCUUAGACCGUUCAAAGAACUGCGUAUCCUGUCUUAUCAACAUUGAAGAGACUGAACUGUAAAUUUUCUAAAUGUGCCGUAAAUUCUGUUCCAGAUGUAAUCAAGAUGAGACUUGUAAGGUGUAUCCCUUAUCUGGACACUAUGGAAGAUUCCAAUUUGAUGCCUUCAAAUUCUUGAGAAGUCUGGGCUCCGUGUAUCUACAGUGUAAGAUUUUGAUAUGUGAUAGUAGUGACCAUCAGUCUCGCUGCAACCAAGGCUGUGUCUCUAGGAGGAAACGAGACAUUUCUUCAUACAAAUGGAAGACUGAUUCUGUCAUAGGACCUAUUCGUCUGAAAAAGGAUCGAAGUGCAAGUGGAAAUCCAGGAUUUCAGGAUCAAAUACACAGAGAAGAAACUCAGAAUCAACCUUUCAACAGUCUGCACCUGUUCUCAUUCAUGGCCCUGGCUCUGAAUGUUGUGAUUGUGGCUGUGCUCAUAGCAAGGCGUUUUGUGAAUCAGAGAGCAGACUACAAAUACCAGAAGCUUCAGAAUAUUAACUAAGUGGUUCAGCCUUCAACGAGACACAUUUCUCCUGAAUGCCAAAGGAAAUGCUGUGACAGGGCUACACAUUGUGAAUAAAUUAGGAAGAGCCUCAUAACAACGACACCCAGGUCCUGCUGUCACCGGUUGGUUGGAGCAGGCUGCCUUGCAGGGGUGAUUGAAACGAACUGACAUUAUGUCCAUGCUAAGGAACUAAAGACACCAAAAUAUUAAAUGAAUUAGAAGCGUCCUUUUUCACAAGC